AUGGAGUUCCCUGAUUUGGGGAAGCAUUGCUCAGAAAAAACUUGUAAGCAGCUAGAUUUUCUUCCAAUAACGUGUGACGCAUGUCAACAGGAUUUCUGUAAGGAUCAUUUUACGUUUGCUGCACACAGAUGUCCUUUUGCAUUCAAGAAGGAUAUCCAGGUCCCUGUGUGCCCGCUCUGUAGCAGUCCUGUCCCAGUGAAGAAGGGGGAGCUGCCCGACGUGGUGGUUGGUGAGCACAUGGACCGGGACUGCAAGUACAACCCCGGAAAGAGUCGGGAGAAGAUUUUCACACACAGGUGCUCCAGAGAAGGAUGCAAGAGGAAGGAGAUGCUGCAGGUGGUCUGUGACGUGUGUAACGGCAGCUUCUGCCUCCGGCACAGGCACCCCCUGGACCACGACUGCAAGCAGGGAGGCCGCCCUCCUAGCAGAACCGGGUGA